AGCUGUGGUACAAUUUCAUAAGUUAACCGCCCUUCUUGACUUUCCUGUGAAAAGUAAACAAAUAAAUGCAGAAAUUUACACGUAAAGAGAUAUUUCUUAAGGCAAAUACUCUAAAUUGUGUGCCCAUCAUACUGCAAGGUCAUGGAGUUUUAAUAGAUUUACGAAAUGAGUGUUCGGUUGCUGGUCGUAUUGAUAACGCGGACGGUCAUAUGAAUAUAAAUUUGAUUGAAGCUGUUUUUAUAGAUCGACUACAGAGGCAGCACGCUUUUGAACAAUUUAUGGUUAGAGAAAGGAUGAUAAGACAGAUACAUAUACCUCCGCAUAUUAAUAUUACUCAGGAAAUACGCGAUUGGUGCGAAUCUGGUUGCGGACGUCCAAAAAUAAAAAUCAACAAAAAGAGAACAUUUAAAGAGAAACGAGCCCAAGUAAAACAUAAACAAAUUUUAGAUGAAAUUGCCCAAAAGCAGAAAUAGUAAACUGAAACAGAAACGCAAUUUAAUUGUGAAAAUUGAUUUUUAUAUUUAUAUAAACAUGUAGGCAUACUAGAGAAAAA